GCCUGCGUCCUGGAAGCCCCGUGGCCCCGAGGCAUCACAAUGGUCCGGGCCGCACGGCUCUGUGACAUCACCCGCGGCAGGCCGGCGGCAGUGCCGCCAUGCGCACUGACUGCUCACCAUGCGGGUGCUGAGCACGCUACUGCUCCUGUCCCUGUGCCUCUCCUGCGGGAAGGCCUUCGUGUUCUUCUCUCCCCGGGAGAAGGCCAAGGAGCCCCUGGAGAAGGUGCCGUGCGGGGCACACACCCGGGUGCGGCCCACCCUCCCAGCACAGGGCUGGCUGCGCAACAAAUGGCUAUGGCUCUUUUUUGUUGUUGUGCUGUAUGUGAUCCUGAAGUUUCGGGUACACAGUGAGAAGAGCAAGACUAAGGAGCAGAAUCCUCUUGGCCUCCGAGGAUAUCCUCUUCGCUCUUCACCGAAGAAAAAUCAACAUGGCUCCCCAACCGAAGACUACGCACUUACUUCCCUAACCCACCUCGAGAAGGACCUUGUGCAGUUUCUGUCCAAAGUACGGUGUCUUAAAGCUGCCGUGAGAACUGGCAGUAACCUCAGGCUAUACGGCCCGAGCUUUCCUGCCGACCCACAGAGCUGUGUUACAAUGUAUGAAGUGUGGGGAGAGAAUCCCAAAUGAAUGGAUCUGUGUAUCAAACAUAGGACAGAAAAGAAGUUGACUUUUGACAGAAUAUCCAAACCAAUAAAACUAUUCUGAAGAAAGAAUUCCCGC